CACUGUUGUUCCCUUUGCUUCAGCUGCACUGGGAUCGCAUCUCCCUUGUUCUGUCCUCAUCUGUGGAGCUGUGAUCUGUGAGGUGGUGGGAGCCGCAGGCGGGACUCAGGGGCCCAGGAAACCAGAAAUGGACUCAGUGGCCUUUGAGGAUGUUAAUGUGGAGUUCACCACGGAGGAGUGGGCUUUCCUGGAUCCGAACCAGAAGAAACUCUACACAGAUGUGAUGCUGGAAACCUUCUGGAACCUGGCAUCAGUAGCAUGUAUUUUAGAAGAACAAUGUGACGACCAUGACAGUGAAGAUCAGUAUGAAAAUCAUGGGAGGAAUCUUAGGCAGACUCUGGAUGAUUGCUGUCACUCAGAUUUGAGACUUUUCUCUCAAUGUUUUCAGUUACCUUGUAAAGGUGAUUAAAAUUAUGUGCAUUUUAAGUGUGAUUAAAGUGUAUGUGAUUAAAAUUCAGUGUAUGUGAAUGUGAGUGUAUGUGAUUAAAAUUAUGUG